GCUUAAAACUGAAAAACCAACAGCCUCUGAGAGCUCAUUUUGAGUCCAAGUCAAUAUGGGAAUAUCCAUGUGGCUCUUCACACACCCUAAUAUAUCCUUUGUUUUCUUAUCACUGAUUCUUCUCUAUGUUUUUCACGUUAUUUUUUGUGAAUUCCGGCGAGCCUAUGAGCUUUCUUGCCAAGGCCCGCCAAGCUAUCCCAUCAUUGGCUGCUUGCUUUCCUUCUGCAACAACCGCAACCGCCUCUUGGACUGGUACACUGACCUCCUAGCACAAUCAGCCACCAACACCAUCGUCGUGCACCGGUUUGGUGCACGACGCACGGUCGUCACGGCCAACCCGGAGAGUGUUGAGUAUAUGCUCAAAACCAACUUCAACAACUUCCCAAAAGGCAAACCCUUCACUGAAAUUCUUGGAGAUUUUCUGGGAUGUGGCAUAUUCAAUGUGGAUGGCGAGCUUUGGCGAACCCAACGCAAGUUGGCUAGCCAUGAGUUCAGCACCAAGUCUUUGCGUGAAUACAUCAUGAACACCUUGGAGGAAGAAGUGGAAAAGGGAUUGUUGCCACUCAUGGAGUCGCUGGCCAUGACAGCCCAAGUUGUGGACUUGCAGGAAUUGCUGAGAAGAUUUGGAUUCAAUGUGAUUUGUAAGGUCUUUUUGGGGGUUGAUCGGUGCUGCUUGGAUCCCUCUCUACCCAGUCCACCACUUGCAAGAGCUUUCGACACAGCCUCAGACAUAUGCGCAAGGCGUGCAGCAGCGCCCAUGUUCAUAAUUUGGAAGAUUAAGAGGUGGCUCGGAGUUGGUUCAGAGCAAAGACUUAGAAGAGCAGUUGAAGAGGUUCAUGCCUAUGUCAUGAAUGUAAUUGAAAACAGGAAGAAAAAGAUGGAAGAAGGCGAGGCAGAUACUCGUCAGGAAGACCUCCUGAGUCGGCUAAUAAUGGCAGGACAUGAGGAGGAGGUGACGAGGGACAUGGUCAUAAGCUUUAUCAUGGCGGGGAGGGACACAACUUCAGCAGCAAUGACGUGGCUCUUCUGGUUGCUUUCCCGCCAACCAGGUAUGGAGGAAGAUGUGGUGAAAGAGAUCGACGCUGCCGGAGAAAGAAUACUAGAUUUUGAAUCGUUGGAUUUGAGAUUGUUGAAGGCAUGCCUUUGUGAGUCCAUGAGGCUUUAUCCGCCCGUAGCCUGGGACUCGAAGCAUGCCAUAGCUGAUGACUUGCUGCCAGACGGUACACAUGUCCGGGCAGGAGAUAGAGUGACUUAUUUUCCCUAUGGGAUGGGCAGAAUGGAAGCACUGUGGGGGAAGGACCGACUGGAAUUCAGACCGGAUAGGUGGUUUCUUGAACCGGAAAAGGAAAGAUCGGCGUUGAAAAAGGUAUCCCCAUACAAGUUACCGACGUUUCAGGCAGGUCCAAGGGUUUGUCUCGGGAAGGACGUGGCUUUUAUUCAGAUGAAAUAUGUGGUGGCUUCCAUUCUCAGGCGGUUCGAGAUCAGACCGGUUGAGUCCGUUGAGCCGGUUUUCGUGCCGCGCCUGACAGCUCACAUGGCCGGCGGGCUGAAGGUUCUAGUCCGCAAGAGAGGGGAUGAUCACUCAGAUAAAAACUAGAAUAUAUAUUAAAUUAGUAGGAGUCAAUGGUAUUGUAUGAUUUGAGAUUUAUUGGACAGUGUAACAUGCCAUUAUGCGCCAUUCUUAAUGUAACACAAAGAUAUGAUUAUGUACAUAAGGCAUAUAGUAAACUCA